CCAAGGCAUUGAGAGCUCUAUCCGACUCGCCACCACCCUACCUUUAAUGUCCCUACGGCACGAUCACUAGGUUGUUGGUGUCGAGGCUCGUCAAGGUAUCAGAGGGAUUCAUUCACUAUACUUGCCUUUUUCGACUCGCCCCUUCAUUUUGUCCCGUGUUUUCCCCAGUAACACCAUAUUUCGUUCACCUUCUGUGUUGAUCCUCAGCUGGCUGAGUGCAUUUAUCUUUGACGGCCUGAAAACCGGGUGCUUCUCAUCCGGCCAUCCGGCACUUUAGAGACCCGGACCUACCCAACCCUCCAGUCUUCCGUUUGACUGCUCACUUGCCGACUGCGUGCACUCAGCUCCUCGUCACACUUCCGUCUGAUAAUCAUAAUACUCUCACACGUCUCGUCCGCAGUGGUCACUUGCUACCGCUCUGGGAUGAUGAUGAAUUGAUAGUUGAAUGGCGUGGGAUAAACUUUGGGGUUAGAAAUUUGCUCUUUACCACCAUGUUUAAGAGCCUAUCACGCAGAGGUUCUUCGGACCAGCGGUCACAGGCCACACCCGAAGAAGACGAUGAUGCAGUCUCGGUAACUUCUACGGCCUCCUUUCAGCAUGACUCUGAUGAGGAAUUCGAAGUCGCAAAUGUUCUCGCCGAGAAGACCAGUAAUGGGGCCACGUUCUACCUAGUCGAGUGGGCUGGCUUCUCUCUGGAUGAAUGCACCUGGGAGCCAGCGAGUAAUCUCGGAACGGAGCUGAGAGAAAUGUGGGAGGAGACCAAGCAGAAGCAACAAAGGGGCGAAGAAAGCCCGUUUAACCUUCAAGGCUUCUACGAUGCCGUUAACAAACGGGCGUCGGAAAAGCAAGAACGGCAUCGACGAAGGAAUGCUAAGCGUAAGCGGCUUGGUCUGAAGUUGACCAAGCCGUUUUCAGACAAUAGCGGCGAUGGAAAGGAUACGACGUCGGACAAUGAUGCCAGCGACGAGGCCGAGGAAGACGACUAUGUCGAUACUAAGGUUGAUGACGCCGUGGCAGCAGAGCGCGGGGAACCGAAGCAAAGAAUAUCCAAUAUUCCCGGACCCAAGCCUGCCCAGGUUCAAAGAUCUUCGCACACAGCAGCAGCAGCAGCAGCAGCAGCAGCAGCCACAACACCAACAAAAAUAACGACAACAAGCGAAAUACGCCGCCAAAGCACCCAAGGCUUCACUGUCAAGGCCCCUCCCGCCCCGUCGACGAAAGCUACGCCAACGUCUAAAACCUCUCGAAGUGAACGUCCUUCUCUCACUGGGUAUCAAGGCACAGCAAAGAAGCUUAUGACCAAGUCCACUACUGCCGGCACAAACGGCACCACCGCUACCGUUGGUAGCAGCAACCCAUUAAAUGCUGCCGCUGUUGCUCGAGGGACUGUUCCCGGUCGGACUCUCCAAGCUGCUGGCAGGCGUGUUUUCACUGCAAAGAAGAGCGGCGCGGCAACCAAGGCAACUCCUGGCAACGUAUUCAUAAGCGGCUCGACGAGAAAACCAAGAACUACGCUCAAAGACGCCAUGACUGAUUCUGCCAAGGAGCAAAGGCUCUUCCACCAUUACCGAACCAAGCGCAUAGCAGACAAGGGAUCCCGGGGGAGAGAGGAUCGAGCACCAGAUCUCCAGGCACUAUCUGGUAAUCUUUUCGAAAUCUCAAAGGGCCCCUCGAGCAGGAAAAUUUCAAAAGAAGGUCUAUCAAAGGAGGGCCAAGGACGGCAAGAGAAAGGGUUUAGACCAAGUCUAAUCACCUCGGACAUUAGCAUCCAAGAUGGACAGGCAAAGAAGAAGCGUAAAUCAGUCCGCUUCCUAUCCGAUGAGGAUGGGCCGCUACACUCUGAGCCGAUGGAUUUAGAUGCCCCGGUGGGCAUCGAUUUUCAAACCCCGCAAAGCCUGUCCUUUGGUACAGGAGCGAAUCAUCCUAGCGUCGACAGCAACAACCGACUGGGGCGAUCGCGGAGUGCCGAUAAGUGUCUCAAGUUCGGGCCAAACACGGGGCCAGUUGCCGUAACCAUUUAUGGGCUGCCGUUGGAACCAGAGGAGCCCUGGCUCACGCAAUUCCUCGCACAAGACAUCUUUGACUGCUAUUAUUCAUGCUUCGCCAAGACAUUUUCUGAGCAGAUGAAUCAUAUCAGGCAAAGGACCUUGUGUGCCGGAACAAUCAAGUCUAAGGAGAGCGAAGAUGUUCUUGAAGCUGUGGCGGCACAUCUCCGGGCAGGCAUCCUGGGGUUAUACUACUCGCACUCGGAGUAUAAUCUAAUAAUAUACCCGCCAAGAUGCGAUGAGUGGAAGUGGUUAGCCGACUCGUUCGCGGCCGAACCCUCAUCGUCCAAUGAAGGGGCCCUGAGGUAUUUUGUCUUCAGCUCGGCGUCGCAUUGCGGACCCUUCUUAAGACCCAUAGACGCAAGUCCCAUGGUGUUAGAUGAGGAAACUCCCAGUCCGCCGCCCGGCAGGGUAUCUCUCGUGGAGAAGCUCCUUGGGUUGAAAUACGUUGAUAUUCUACCUCGUGCGUUAGCUGGAGGGGACUCGACACACAAUUUCUUCCUCGCGUUUCCGCGAUCGAAGGGAGAUCUGCUCCAUGCUCUCUUCCACUGGUUGCGGGCCUGCAAGCCGGACUGCCGCAUCUAUACCAGCGAUCAUGCUGGCGGUUGGUCGGCGUUCAGAAGUGCAGUGGAACAGCAGCCGGGUGUGGUCAUAGUUCACGAGCUUGUCUCGUGGACCCUGCAUCGCUUUCCGUCGCUGGAACAAUACCUCAACCAGAAACACGACGUGUACUGGUGCCUCUCGGAAGCCAGCCAUUCGCGGCCCAUCUUUCCUUCAUCUGCGUUACCUGAGGAAACGGUGGCGCCUGGCAAAAUAAGCUUUACGCCUCUCUUCCCACAUCGCAGCGCCAUCCUCGUCACUCCGAGCUUCCUCACAUCAGAACCGCAGCGCAGCUUCGAGCUCCUAGACUGGGUCCUAUCGAACUGGACAGGUGAUCAACAAGUCAAAUUACUAUCGGGCUGGGAUCUCCGCGGCUAUCUGGCAGAAUUAGCACAUGAAAAAUCCCAAGCACGAGAUGUGAUACUGCAACAACCCCUCGGCAUUGCGCAGAAAGAGAUCAAUGCGAACCUAAAAGGGCUGAGUCAGGUCGAUUGCGAAGAUCGGUUCAAGGCUCUGCUAGUUGCCACGGAACUCCACAAUCUUCGGGUAGCCCCAUCCGACUCUUUCGCACUUAGCGAAGAGGCAAGCAUUCUGAGCUAUGCGGACCCAUCAAUCGAUCCUAAUGACGAGCAAAGCCUCGUUAACUGGUUCGGCUGGUGGUCGUCCUUGCGGAUGGAUCAGUUCAGGGGAUUCCACGUUGUCGGGUCCAGCCAGGCGAUGAAGUAUAGGGGGUCAUCCAAGGGCGUGCGGAUUGUGCGAAUUCCCAAGUAUACCCGAUGCACCAUUAACGACGCGGAUAUUGUCAUGGAUACCGUCCAGCAGAAAUACGAACCGGUCGAGCCGCAGGCACUGGACAACGGUGACGAGAUUCGGCAACAGGCUGAAGACCAGGCCGUGUCGCCGACGGCUGCUGUUCGUGCUCCUGUUCCUGCUGCUGUUCCCGUUGUUGUUCCCGUUGCUGCCCCUGUCAAACCCUGGAAAUUCGAGAGCCUAUAUCUCAGUCGUGAGUCUUGGGCCCAUUUUAAGCAACGAUUGACCGCUUUUGGAGAGGAAGCAGCAAUACAUUCUCCCUUCAUGACCGUCUUUGUGUACCCAGUCUCGUGGACAGAUUCGAAUAUGGCGCAGUACUUCCGGGACCCCCAUGAGGAGUUCAGGACCAUGAGGACGUGGUUUAAUUUCACCUGGUCUUUCGUCCACCCACCAACCACAUACCGAGCUCGGAAGUUCAACACCUACGUUGGAUUCUUCUACACCAUCGCUGAUGAGUGGGACCCGGAGAAUCCCUCGCUAGAUCCGAGACCGCAACGGCACCCCUGGCUGGCAAUCUAUCGGCCAGUGAAGCCAUAUCUGAGGCCAUAUAAGAAAUGCGAACUCAUCAUCUGGGAUCUCGCCGCGAAGGAAAUGUUUCCAGCCGAUCAGGUGCCAAGGGAGAACGAGUUAAUCUACGCGCAACGCUACCUCAUUCAGCUCAUCCGCGAAAUUGGCCCCGUGAAGAACCCCGGCACGUGGCUCGGCCAGGUCUGGCUCGGCGGUUUCCAGCAACCAACGAUAUCGGACUCGUCUUUUCCCGUUGACAUCACUCUGGACUUCGCCGGGUUACUGACGGGUGCUGGUCUUAGAGACCACCUUCCGAUUCUGGAAGAGCAGAUGGUCCAAAAAGGCUACAAGCUAGUGACGCUGGGUGACGACCUGCCAAUGUCCGGGGAUGACGCUGAAGACGCCUCCCCCCCUCCCCAGCGAAUGGAGAUAGACCUACUGGACAUGGACAAUGAUGAUGACGACGACGCCUCGGAGGACGAAGACAGCCGCAUCAUUUUCCAUCCGCCACGGGGCAGGAAGUUACCCAUGGGUUACAGGGGCAAAUGCAACAACCGUCUCUACGAGGAAGCCAGUCUGGCCAGAGCCAAAGCCCCCGGGUCGGAAUCAUAUAUGCUGUACGAGUUCCAGCACACUCUUGAGUGGUACGAAGAGCAAAAGGCCGAGGGCCGUGGCUACGAGCACAUCAACGUCGCCUCGUGGGAAGCCAUCUUCAACACCUUCAGGAUCGGAAGUGCUGCACGGCCGUCCAGCAGCGGCGCGGAACUGAAGGAAUCUGCCGUGGCGAAACUCCUGCCGUAGAGUUGGAGGCGCAUCUUCUUGUCUGAUAAUUGGGUCAGGGGUCCCAACUGUGAUUCCCAUUUGUAUUUUUCUAGUCUUUUGUGGCAGGUUGCCUGUAAAUACCCAACAAGAACAAGCACCAUAGAAUGCGGAACAUGCAUAUAAUUAAAGCUGUUCUUGCCUUUGCACGUUUCUAAAUCGUUGUUUGAUCUGCGGAUCUCGACCCUGGGAAUCAAUCAAGUCUUAACUAGCCAUGCCAAGCUUGAAGUUUGGUUUUCAUACAUUCUUAGUUUACGGAAUACAGACUUCGUAUUGGAUGAGCCCGCCGUCACUUUCAUCCAAUGUUCA